AUGGUGCCUACCAAGUCGGUCUACCUCUCCAAGGUCGUCCUGAUACUCGGCUCUUUCGUCGGCGUGGACGAUAUUCUGACGCUGUCUGAAAACUCGAGAUUUGAAUUACCUACCAUCACUGGCGAUGUCUCCCGGAAAGGAGCUCAAUUCGAUGAAGAGGAUCUUACGCCCCCUUUUAUUUGCCUAACGCUGGGACAGCACUUGUUCGACCCCCUCGGCUGGGUCUUCGGCUCCGACGGUGACUCCGAUCAAUGCGAUAUACAGCUCGCUGAGGAUAACCAGGCAGGAGUUAGUAGGCGAGCCUUCAGAGUCGACGUUUGCCCAACAAGCCACAAGCCGAGGCUUUUGGUUCUGUCUGACAGAAUCAUUGCCAUAAUGGAUGGCGGGCGGACCCGUGUCUGCAGGCCAAAUGCGCCCGUAUCCAUUGCCGAUCCUGUCACUAUCAAGCUCGGGCUAGUCAGCUUCCGGGCGUGGCCCCCGAAGCGAACGGUUGCCGAAGAGAGAGAAUUCAACAAAAUGGCCAGGAUAUUCAGCACCGACAUCCUCAAUGCCGUGCCGCGGUACCUACCAUCUCCUAGAAGUCAACCGGAGACGUCGACGAACAAUAUCCGCUAUGGAAAGGACGGGGCUACGUACGUCUGCGAUUUGGAAAUCGCAAGUAAGGGGGCACAUGCCUCCGUCAUGAAAGUGAAGGAUAACAAAAGUGGACGGACUUUUGGCGCCAAAGAACCGCACUACAAAAUCAGCGAUGACCAUGACGCUGCGAGGAGGCUAUUUGAAGAUAUGAAGAGAGAGUACGAGUACAUCAUCCAACUCGACCAUCCGCAUAUCGUCAAGGCAUAUGAGCUCGUUCUGGCCGAGGACGUAAGACUACCUCCGUGGUUGAUUGUUGAAUACAUACCUCGCAACCUCCUCGAGACCAUAGACGAUCUUGUUGAAGGUGACAAGCCAGUCGUCUUGACCCACCUCUCCAGUGCGCUGCAUCAUAUGCACUCCUGCGGCAUCACUCAUCGAGACGUUAAGCCAGACAACGCCCUCGUCCAGACACGAGGCCGCGAGCUGAUCAUCAAGCUCGCUGACUUUGGAACCUCGAAACACAACGCUACGGGAAAUAUGGAUUCCUUUACCGGAACGGAGAUCUACAUGGCGCCUGAGUUGUUCGAGAUACCCCGCCGUUACUCAAACAAAGUCGACAUGUGGUCCCUUGGUAUCAUUGCCCUGCAGUUAUUCACUACUUGGGACCCUACCUCGGACGGGAAGUGGGACCCUGGGAACUUUGGACCUUGGAUACGCAAAGUGGUCUCCCCUCACGUGAUGGAGGCACCGAUAUUGCUCCGUCCCUUGCUGAGGGGGAUAUUCCUCGACGACUGUUUGAAGGGAACCGAUGAGGAGAGGCGCAGGAGAAGCCUGAAUCCUUCACCCUCGACCGCCCGCGUAAGGGACGUAGUACCCGCUGAGCACUAUGUCGAAGAGGGAAGCAUUCUCCCGGAUACACUACCUCCUGAAGCAUGGAUAUCCGAGACUAUGUCGGCGGCGCCGACCCCUCGAUUUGUUGAGGAAGGGCACUUCGAUUGUGAUGAUGACCGGACGGACGCAGAUUAUUCGGAUGAUGACGAGUUGGACGAUGAAUGGGAGGACGACGGGUAA